GCUGCAACAUGUAAGUAAAGCCCAAUAACAAAAGCCCAUCAGCAUUUAUGGUAUCUAUGGUCACUACCACAUUUGCUUCAGGAGGAGAUUCAAAGAAGAAGAAGAAGAUGCUAGCUUCUCUUGGUAGAAGAUGGACGAGAUUGUCAACGAGGAAUCUAAAACCAACCUGGAAACUGCUCAACGGAAGAGGAGUAAGCGGCGGAGCGGUAACUAUAGCUAAAGAGAGAGUCGACGCCGUCGUGAUCGGUGCCGGAGUCGUGGGUUUAGCGGUGGCGCGCGAGCUCAGUCUCCGCGGAAGAGAAGUGCUUAUCCUCGACGCCGCCUCAUCGUUUGGCACAGUCACGAGUUCCCGCAACAGCGAGGUCAUCCACGCCGGAAUCUAUUAUCCUCCAAACUCUCUAAAGGCCAAGUUUUGUGUAAGAGGGAGGGAACUGUUGUAUAGGUAUUGCUCUGAACAUGGAAUCGCUCAUAGGAAGAUUGGCAAGCUUGUCGUUGCUACAGGAUCCUCUGAGAUACCGAAGCUUGAUCUGUUGAUGCAUCUUGGAACUUUGAAUGGGGUUUCGGGUUUAAGGAUGUUGGAAGGUUUUGAAGCAAUGAGGAUGGAGCCGGAGCUUCGAUGUGUUAAAGCAUUGCUGUCUCCUGAGUCUGGGAUAGUGGAUACACAUUCCUUCAUGCUAUCUUUAGUGGGACAAGCAGAGAACAGUCACGCAACGUUCUCAUACAAUACAGUGGUUUUAAGCGGUCGUGUUGAAGAAGAGAAGAUGCAUUUGUUUGUUGCUGAAACUGGAUCGGUUGAGUCUCGGUGUGAGGGAGUAGUAGCUGAGCUUGAGCUGAUACCUAACCUCGUUGUUAACUCCGCGGGGUUAGGUGCUCAAGCUCUGGCAAAGAGAUUCCAUGGGUUAGGUCACCGGUUCAUUCCUUCGUCUCACUAUGCUCGUGGAUGCUACUUCACGCUGUCCGGUGCUAAGUCUCCUCCUUUUGAUAAACUUGUGUAUCCUAUACCUGAGGAAGGAGGUCUUGGUGUUCAUGUCACUGUUGAUUUGAAUGGGCUUGUGAAGUUUGGUCCUGAUGUUGAGUGGAUUGAAUGCAGAGACGACACAUCAAGCUUCCUCAACAAAUUUGAUUAUGGUGUAAACCCACAACGAGCUGAGAAAUUCUACCCAGAGAUCAGAAAGUACUACCCUGAUCUCAAAGAUGGAUCAUUGGAACCGGGUUAUUCAGGCAUCCGUCCCAAGCUUUCCGGACCAAAACAGCAUCCAGUAGAUUUUAUCAUACAGGGAGAGGAGACUCAUGGAGUUCCUGGUCUUGUGAAUCUCUUUGGCAUCGAGUCGCCUGGUUUGACUUCAAGCUUGGCUAUUGCAGAACAUAUAGCAAACAAGUUCUUAUGAUGAAAGUUUAAGCUAAUUAUAAGGCUUGGCAAAUUCAAACAGUUUUCCUCUCUGUGAUUCAUUUUUCAGACUGUCAACAAAGUGAUAUUUUCAAUUCUUAUACUCCAGAAAAAGAUUGUUGUUGCAACUAAAAUAACUAAGAAUGUUCUUAAGAAACUUAACAGAAUUGCUCCAAGUCAAGAAUGUACAAAGAAACAAACUGUUUUCCUCUCUUUUUUUUUUAUAAGCAAACCGAC